AUGAGUGCCUCCUACAAAAUCUCUGAAGUUGCCACCACCCCUUUUGGUGAUCAAAAGCCAGGUACCUCCGGGCUUAGAAAGAAGGUUACGGUUUUUCAACAACCACAUUACACGGAAAACUUUGUCCAAGCGGUCUUGGAUUCGAUUCCUGAAGGGUCUAAGAACGCCACAUUGGUGGUUGGUGGUGAUGGCCGUUAUUACAACGAUCAUGUCAUUGACUUGAUUGCCAAAAUCGGUUACGCCAACGGGGUCAAAAAGUUGAUCAUGGGGAAAGAUGGGAUCUUGUCGACUCCUGCCACCUCGAACAUCAUCAGAACUUUUAAAGAAGAAGUCACUGGUGGUAUCAUCUUGACUGCUUCGCAUAACCCUGGUGGUCCAAAGAAUGAUUUGGGUAUCAAGUACAACUUGGCCAACGGUGGCCCAGCUCCAGAAUCCGUAACCAACAAGAUGUUCGACGCGGCUAAGAAAUUGACGAGUUAUAAGAUUGUGCAAGACUUACCAAGCAUCGACUUGGCCACUGUCGGGGUCAAGCACUACGGUGAAUUGGAAGUGGAAAUCAUUGAUUCCACCGAAGCUUACGUCGAAAUGGUGAAGUCUAUCUUUGAUUUCCAAUUGAUUAAAGAGUUCAUUGACCGCAGAAAAUCCAGUUUCAAAGUGUUGUUCGAUGCGUUGAACGGUGUUACUGGACCAUACGGUAAGGCGAUCUUUGUUGACGAAUUGGGAUUGCCGCUCGAAUCGAUUCAAAACUGCACUCCAUUGCCAGAUUUUGGCGGAUUGCACCCGGAUCCAAACUUGACUUACGCCAAGACGUUGGUCGACAAAGUCGACGCCGAACAAAUUGCCUUUGGUGCUGCUUCUGAUGGUGAUGGUGACAGAAACAUGAUUUACGGUGCCAACACCUUUGUUUCCCCAGGUGAUUCUGUGGCGAUCAUUGCCGAAUACGCUGAUUCUAUUCCGUAUUUCCAAAAGACCGGGGUGUACGGGUUAGCCCGUUCGAUGCCAACCUCCGGGGCUAUUGAUUUGGUGGCUAACGCCAAAGGUCUUAACGUGUACGAAGUUCCAACUGGUUGGAAAUUCUUUUGUGCGUUGUUCGAUGCUAAGAAAUUGAGUAUUUGUGGGGAAGAGUCAUUUGGUACCGGGUCUGACCACGUUAGAGAAAAAGAUGGGUUGUGGGCGAUUGUUGCGUGGUUGAACGUGUUGGCGGCUUAUGAUGCCAAACAUCCAGAAUUGCCAAACGGGGCUACCAUCAAAAUUGUCCAAGAAAGCUUUUGGGAAAAGUAUGGGAGAACUUUUUUCACCAGACACGAUUAUGAAAAUGUUUCUUCUGAAGGGGCGCAGAAAUUGGUUGACCAGUUGCGUGAACAUAUUGACGAUGAAAAAUUCGUUGGUAGUGAAUUGGCUUCAGGGAUCACGGUUACCGAAGCUGGUGAUUUCAGCUACACCGAUUUGGAUGGUUCAGUUUCCGAUCACCAAGGUUUGUACGUGAAGUUGUCGAACGGCAGUAGAUUUGUUGCUAGAUUGUCUGGUACCGGAUCUUCAGGGGCCACCGUUAGAUUGUACAUUGAAAGACACUCUAGUGAUGUUUCCACUUACAAAUUGGAUGCCCAAGAUUACUUGAAGCAAGACAUUGAAUUGGUUACUUCUUUCUUGAAGUUCCAAGAAUGUGUUGGCCGUACCGAGCCUGAUGUUAGAACUUGA